CUUCUGCUUGCUCCCCACGCUGACCAUCCCCCACAUCGCCGCCACCGCCGCCCGCCCUCCUCGCGCGCUCCAACGCCUUCCGCCCUUCCCGCGCGUGGUCUCCCUCCCGCCCUUCCCCCAUGUCUUCGUCCGCCGCGGCUCGCGUGUGGCGGCGCUCUCUCCGCGACGUCCUCCUGCGUGGCUCCGCAUGGCGCGGCGGCGCAUCCGCGCGGUCGGCCAGCACGGCCUCGGCGUCCGGCGCGGCGGCGGAGGCCGCAGCCGCACCGAAGAAGGUGCCCCCGCCGCCCCGCAAGGGAAGGCUUUUAACUGGGGCCUUGAUAGGGUUGGCCAUUGGUGGAGGUGCUUAUGUUAGUACUGCUGAUGAGGCCAGGUUUUGUGGCUGGUUAUUCAAGUCGACAGAACUCGUGAAUCCACUUUUUGCACUACUAGAUGCAGAGUUUGCUCAUCGUUUGGCAGUUAAAGCUGCUGCCCACGGAUUUGUUCCAAGAGAAAAGAGACCUGACCCACCGGUUCUCGGGCUAGAGGUUUGGGGAAGGAAGUUUGCCAAUCCAAUUGGUCUUGCCGCUGGCUUUGAUAAAAAUGCUGAGGCAGUUGAAGGCCUCUUAGGCAUGGGUUUUGGCUUUGUGGAAGUUGGCUCUGUGACACCUCAUCCUCAAGAGGGAAAUCCCAAGCCUCGAGUUUUCAGAUUAAAGGAGCAUGGUGCUGUAAUCAAUCGAUAUGGAUUCAAUAGUGAAGGAAUCGUAGUUGUUGCUAAGCGUCUUGGGGCACAACAUGGUAAGCGGAAGAUGGAAGAAACUUCCAGCUCCACGCCCCCCUCAACCAGUGACAUAAAGCAAGGAGGGAAAGCAGGACCUGGAAUCCUGGGAGUCAAUCUUGGCAAGAACAAGACUAGUGAAGAUGCUGCUGCUGAUUAUGUGCAAGGAGUUCAUACAUUGUCACAAUAUGCUGAUUACUUGGUCAUUAACAUUUCUUCCCCAAAUACUCCUGGUCUUCGCAAAUUGCAAGGUAGAAAACAACUGAAAGAUCUUGUUAAGAAGGUGCAAGCUGCACGAGACGAGAUGCAGUGGGCUGAAGAUGGUCCUCCACCAUUGCUCGUGAAAAUUGCACCAGACUUGUCUAAGCAGGAUCUUGAGGAUAUUGCUGCGGUUGCACUUGCUCUUAGAUUGGAUGGCCUGAUUAUAUCAAACACCACAGUUUCCAGACCACCGCCCACAGAUACACAUCCAUUGGCUCAGGAAACCGGUGGAUUAAGUGGGAAGCCUUUAUUUGACUUAUCUACUAACAUUCUCAGGGAGAUGUAUAUCCUUACACGCGGCAAGAUUCCCCUCAUAGGCUGUGGUGGUGUAAGCAGCGGUGAGGAUGCAUACAAGAAGAUCCGUUCUGGAGCUACUCUUGUUCAACUUUACACUGCUCUUGCUUAUGGUGGUCCAGCUCUUAUACCUAGAAUAAAGGCUGAGCUAGCAGAAUGUUUGGAAAGAGAUGGUUUCAAAUCUGUUCAGGAAGCAGUUGGGGCAGAUUUCAGGUGAUCCUAGCAGAUGAGAAGGCCUGAAUAACCAUUCCGUUAGGUUCAUAUGAUUCUGUUGAGAAGCAAACAACUUUUCUGUUAGCAUGCUUGCCAAUUUCAUUUGGCCAGUACUUGAAAUGGAAUACCAAGUUGAAACUUUUUUGGGUGAGCGGUACUCAUUAACCUGAGUAAUGAGUGGCUGUAUCACGUGCAUAUACAUGAGCUCUUUGCCUGUGUUCGAGCAAGUUGUACAACAGAUUUUGGUUAAGUAUGUGUAUAUUUUGCGGCGUCCUUUUGAAAGAUACACGUUGGUUUAUGGGUCAGGAGUUCAGAACGGUUUUAAAGUUCCAUAAUAUAUCAGAAAUUGCAGGUUGCCGUUUUUAA